CCCUGGGGCACCGUCACGUCCUAAUCCCUGCCCACUCUAGCACCUUAUUCCUCUACCGAGUUGGCUUUCCUUUAGGGCCCCUGGCCUUGUUCCUGCCCCAGUAUGUUCCCCGGGGCGCCGUUGUGGAAUCCUCACGCAGAAGCCCUGUCCUCGCGAAGACCCCAGUGGUGACUCCAGCCUCGCCACCAUGAACGGGGUCCUGAUCCCCCACACGCCCAUUGCUGUGGACUUCUGGAGCCUGCGCCGGGCUGGCGCCGCGCGGCUCUUCUUCCUGUCGCACAUGCACUCGGACCACACGGUGGGCCUGUCUAGCACUUGGGCCCGGCCCCUCUACUGCUCCCCAAUCACUGCCCACCUCGUGCGUCGUCACCUACAGGUCUCUAAGCAGUGGAUCCGAGUCCUGGAAGUUGGUGAGAGCCAUGUAUUGCCUCUAGAUGAAAUUGGAAGAGAGACCAUGACUGUAACCCUCAUCGAUGCCAAUCACUGCCCUGGUUCUGUCAUGUUUCUCUUUGAAGGAUACUUUGGAACCAUCCUCUACACAGGUGAUUUUCGAUACACGCCAUCCAUGCUGAAGGAGCCAGCCCUAACACUGGGGAAGCAGAUCCAUACUUUAUAUUUAGACAACACCAAUUGCAACCCAUCCCUGGUUCUUCCUUCCCGACAAGAAGCUGCCCAGCAAAUUAUCCAGCUCAUUCGAAGGCAUCCACAACAUAACAUAAAGAUCGGGCUCUAUAGCCUAGGAAAGGAAUCAUUGCUGGAGCAGCUGGCCCUGGAGUUUCGGACCUGGGUGGUAUUGAGCCCUCAGCGCCUGGAGUUGGUACAGCUGCUGGGGCUGGCAGAUGUGUUCACGGUGGAAGAGAAGGCUGGCCGCAUCCAUGCUGUGGAACACAUGGAGAUCCGCCGUUCUGCCAUGCUGCAUUGGAACCAGACUCACCCUACCAUUGCUAUCCUUCCCACAAGCAGGAAAAUCCACAUAUCUCACCCUGACAUCCACGUCAUCCCUUACUCCGACCAUUCCUCCUACUCUGAGCUCUGUGCCUUUGUGGCAGCACUGAAGCCUUGCCAGGUGGUGCCCAUUGUCAGUCGACAGCCCUGCGGGGACUACUUUCCGAACAACCUGAGCCCCAUGCUCUCCAUUCCCCUGAUUCCAGACUCUGUGCAGCAGUGUAUGAGUUCCUCCUCUGACAAACCAGAGUUUCUCUGGCUGUUAAAAAACAGGUUAAAGAGGCCGAGAAUCCAAGGUGUUGUGUUUGAAUCUCCUCAGGAAAAUACUGAUAAAUCUUCAUCUGAUAGAGACUCAAAGAAGACCAAGAAAGAAAUGCUUUCUCCCUCUCCUGAGGACCUUGAGAAGCAGCCCUCCUCACAUCCUUUGAGGGUCAAGAAACAGUUGUUCCCAGAUCUCUGCAGCAAAGAAUGGAGUGAAGAAGUCCCUUUCUGUGAGUCCCAGAAGAUGGUGACUGUGUUGACCGCACCUUUGGGAUUUUCAGAUGAGGAGUUUCUCUCUCCAGAAACCAGGCAGCAAAUAGACCUAGGGCUCCCCUUGACACCUAGGGGAGACAGUAAUGGCCCAGCAGCCACAGGGAACCAAAGUGGCUGGAUAGACCAUGAUUUUCCUCUGUUUCAUAGAGGCAACACUGCUGCUUUUCUAGAUACUGAUUCCAGAGACCUGGCACUAAAAUACCUUCUGACUCCAGUGAACUUUUUCCAGGCAGGGUUCUCUUCCAGGAGCUUUGACCAGCAAGUGGAAAAAUACCAUAAACCCGUACUGAAGUACAGGCAGGAGGCUACAGAAUGACAACCCUGUUUGUUACAGUGCUGUAGUUUUGAAGAUAGUAGCUGAUAACUAGUAGCAAUGGUUUGGAGCCUUACCUAUCUUUUCUAUUUAUUUUUUGAGUACUAGGCACCCCACCACUGAGCUACAUCUC